AUGGAGUGCUUAAGAGAGAAGUUUUACGACGGAGUCGUCCUUGAUGGACGUUUUGAAACGAUAUCCCCCCUCAACCAUGGUUCAUUUGGAAUGGUUUUCAUGGCGAAGGACCUAAUUACCAACGAAACCGUUGCUAUCAAGUGUUUAACCAAGAAAUCUGCCACGAUGACAGAUGCCGACUCGUCAUUUGCCAUCGAUGAACACUCUGAAGAAUUAUCCUGCCAUGCUCGACUUGGCUCCCACCCAAACAUAGUCAACCUCAUCCACUCCUUCGAGACCGAAGCCCAUGUGUACAUUGUUCUAGAGUUUUGCUCUAGGGGCGACCUCUACGAGGCUAUUCGAACUGGCACUGGCCCACUCGAAACAGAACAUGUCCGACAAUUUAUGCUACAACUUAUCGAUGCUGUUGCAUACAUUCACAGCAAGGGCAUGUAUCAUCGUGAUAUCAAACCCGAAAACAUUUUCCUUACCCAAUCAGGAGAGAUGAAGCUUGGUGACUUUGGCCUUGCAACCUCUGAGAAGUGGUCAUAUGAAACCACCGUAGGAAGCGACCGUUAUAUGUCUCCAGAACAAUAUGACUCUGCCGGCGCGGGAUACUCUCCAGAGCAAGCCGAUGUCUGGGCCAUUGGCAUUUGUCUGUUGAACAUCUUGUUCUCUCGCAAUCCUUUCACAACACCUACAGAGUCUGACCCACUUUUCCUCGACUUCACUCGAGACAAGCAAUCACUCUUUGAUGUCUUCCCAACAAUGUCACAAGAUACCUACGAAGUUAUUGCUCAAUGCAUGAGCCUCGAUCCUCGAAAGAGAUCACUUGCCGCUGCUCGUGAAGCCAUCGAGCGUGUACUUAGCUUCACAACAUUUGAUGAGUUCGCCGAUGACUUCAGUUCUGCCGAUCGACGCGGUAUUCCCAGCUCAAACCGUGAGCCAUUGCGUACACCUUCCAUCCAAAGCCCUCAACUCGAUGCGGGUGCAUCUUUCCCUUGGGCCAAGGCAUUGCACGCCAGCCCACCGUUCCGCCAGCUCUCUGCCAUCCCAGAUGAAGAUUAUGACUCCGAGGACCUCUUCCCCGGCUCCGAAGCAAGCAACAAGGAUUGGUUCUCUAUUGGAGAACAAACCCCUUCAAUGGAAUCAAUUCUCGAUUCUUCCCUUGGAACUUCGAUGCAAUCUCUAGCCAUCCGCCGCCACAUGAAGUCUAGUCCUCCAAAGGCUAGUCUAACCCCCAUCUCUGGAUCUCUACCAAUCGCCAUGGCAAAGCCAAUCCCAUUGCCAUCUAUGGCAUCAGUCUUUGGCAAGAAGACCGACAUGGUAUCUAAGAGUUGGGGUGAUCUCUGGGACGAAGAGAUGGAGGAGGAGGAAGAGCUCGACAAUCACUUCCAAGCCCGUCAAGAAGCUAACUCGCGAACUUGGAGCCACGAGAGCAAGACCAAUGAUGACAAGGCUGGCAGAUCUCCAUUGGAACCUCACACCUCAUCAUUUGUCAAUAUACCGAGAGUGGCACCCAGCCGUGCAGUGGCUCAUGAUAUUGACGAGGAUUUGGUGCCUGAUGGCUUCUUUUUCCACGAUACCCCUACUCAACAAAACUCACCUCGUUAUUCACCACCCUCAAAGAGGACUGCUUUCGACAAGUGGUCUGCGCUCGGAGAUCGUCGAAGGGCAUUUGCAGGAGCAUCACCCUCUGAAAGAUCUAUUGAUACGUGGAAGACUCAAAGCACUCCACGUCGGGACGUUGGAUUAGGGUUUACUGGUUUCGGUACAGGUGGUUGGGAUACUAAAUCGAAUAUUGUUAGUAAAGACAAGGGCAGAGAAUGUCCAUGGGCGCGGGCCAAGGGCCGAGACCAUCAUCAUCAGGACAAGCGAAAGGACAAGCAGUCUGAUCUCGGUGAUUUGGAGUGGGUUGGAGGUUGGCAUGACCUCCACUUGUAG